AUUUGAUACUGUCUCUCGAUGCUAUUUAGAUAAAAAGAAAAAGUUCCUGAUAUAGGAAAAGAUAACUUUCGUGAUUUCAUGAGAAGAGAAGGAGAAUCAUGCUAAUAAACUUAGAUGAAACUUUCUACAUGUAUUCAUAAAACUGUUCCAAAUGAUUAAACAAAGUCUUAAUUAAGGUAAAUCCUUCAUCAUUUUUUAGUCCAGUUUCCCAAGCAUUAGAUGGUUCAUUGAAAAUGUAAGGUAAUACUUGGGAUGCCAAACAUUUAGGAACUUUCCUUUAAAAAAGUUAAUUUGCUACUAUUGGUGGAAAUUCUCUCAAAAAUACAGACCCAUUCUAAAACUGCAUGAAGAAUUAAAGUUUUUUCUUUAGAAGCCAAUAACCUCGUAUUAUAGAUGAUCAUGUUGAUUAUUUACAUCAGCAUACUAUCAAUCAUUUAAUAAGUGACCAUCCUACCAUUAAAAAUGGAAGCCAAUUUUUGUAAAAGAAACUUUUAUCAGUACCUGAUAAAACAUUUGAUGAAUCGAAACUAAAUUUUUUAACAGAGCAAGGUCUAAAAAAACCCAAAGAAUAAUUAAAAGAAAUGUAGGUCGCAAAAGAAAAUCGAUAAAAAUUUAAAUAAUGGAGAUCAGAAUUCCACGAUGUAAAUCGAGCUUACAAAAAAGCAAAGUAAUGCUUUAAAAGUGGAUUGUAUGGUUUAGAUAAUCCAUUAAAUGAAAAUACAGAAUUAUAUAAAGAAGAAAAUGCCAAAUUAAAAGGAUAAGUAUAAUAAAGUGUUAGAAAUUCAUUACAGAGAUUUAAAUGUACAAUUCAAAUUCAAUUUUAAUAGCACUUGAAAGAUUUAAUGCUACUAAUCCUGCUAUUGAAUUUAAUAAUAUAGCUCAUUAACCAUUCCUUUUUAAAUAAUCAGAUCCUUUACUAUCCAAAAAUAAUUUUCCAUCAAAAAAUUUUGAAUUGCAUGAUUAGUGGAUGAAGAGAAAAUAGAUUGAAUAAAAGAUUGAUACAAAAAAUAGAAUAUUUGGUGAUACUUCUCAAAAUAAGGUAAAUUCAUAAAGAACUGUAUUUUUGAGAGAAUAAGAAGUGAGAGGAAGAAAUUACAAUCCUGUCAACCUCACAAGAAGUUUAAUUGGUUGA